CGUUUUAUUCACCAAUUUCAGGUUAUCUGUCUUCAGUGAGAAAAAUAUUUUGUAUUGUAAUAUUAUGUGUUCUGAAGAUUUUUCUUGUCUUUUUUAUUUGAAGUAAAUAUAUAGCGUAAGGGGAAUGUUUAAAAAUAACUAACAACGGUACACGCCUUUUUAAUCAUGGAAAAUUACGAAUCGGAAAUAAGUAGUCUCGAUUUGGAAGAUGAAUCCACUCACUUUCUAAAUAGUAAUUCGGAUAGGCCUUCUGAAAACAACCUGGAAGGAAUAUUAGAUGAGGAUGCUAUGGAUACUAGGUCUGAAUUAAAAUUUGAAAGGGAUGUUGAAACAGAGGAAGAAAAAGAAAAAAGGAAACGAAUUGAAGCUGCAUUGGGCAAUCAACAAACCACAUUAAAAACAUGGGAAGAAUUAGCGAAAAGUAAAUGUGGUUUAGUUGGCGAUGAUUUAAGAUGUGCAGUAUGGCCUUUAUUGUUAGAAGUAGACCCAAGCACAGAUGAAAGAAUCCCCUCUUUGGAGGAACUUUCUGUGCAUCCCGAAUACCAACAAGUAGUCUUAGAUGUUAAUAGGUCCCUUAAAAGAUUUCCCCCAGGCAUUCCAUAUGAGCAAAGGUUGGCCUUACAAGAUCAGUUAACUGUGCUUAUAUUGAGAGUUAUAAUAAAAUAUCCACAUUUAAGAUAUUAUCAGGGAUACCACGAUGUAGCGAUAACAUUUUUACUCGUGGUGGGCGAAGUAGUGGCUUUUAGGAUCAUGGAAAAACUAAGCAUCAACAAUUUGAGAGAGUGUAUGGAACCGACCAUGGAAAAGACCGAUUACAGAUUGAACUACAUUUACGCCUUACUUUAUAACGUCGAUAGGGAUCUAUAUAAUUUUAUGGAUACGGCGGGGGUGGGCACAAUGUUCGCCCUUCCAUGGUACCUCACCUGGUUUGGACACUCACUCAAUCAGUACAAGGAUGUGGUCAGGUUAUAUGAUUAUUUUUUGGCCAGUCCGCCUCUGAUGCCUCUGUAUGUGGCCACUUCUUUAGUUGUGUAUAGGCGAAGUGAGAUUUUUGCUGAAGACUGUGAUAUGGCCAGCAUCCAUUGCCGACUCUCCCACAUACCGGAUAAUGUGGACUUCGAAACAAUACUGGUGAAGGCCGAAAAGUACUACAAGGACUACCCCCCAAAUAAGCUGGAAAAACUAGUAAAGAAACGGGUGGAGAGAGAACUGGCGAAGCACAAAAAGAUGAGAAAUAUCCGGGGGCCGGUGACCAUCUGGGGCAGGCUAAACAAUCACGUGCCUGCCUGGAUGGUGUUUAGUCGUAGGAGUCGUCUCGGGUUGAUUUUCGCUACGGCGACCGUCCUCAUUGCGUACCUUUACUAUGUGAAGUUUGGUGAUGUUCGGAUGCCGUUUUUAAGGCUCAAAAACAGUAAACAUUCUGCCGAAUAGGAAUUUAAUGGUGGCAUCAAUAAACAGGACGUUUUUUACAUUAUAACCAUGCGUAGACAUAAAAAAUAUGCCAAACAAUGAAUUAAUUAGGUUAUCACAUUAAAUAGGUUUUUUACGUGUAAAAAAUUAUAAAUUAACAUUAAAAAAUAUAUAUAUUCAUAGGCUGAUUCAAAAAUAAG